GGGCUCGCACUGCGCUUAACCUGACGGGACUGACCUGACUCUUAUUAACCCAGACGCUUCCGCCCUUCACUUAUUUUGUUGUUCCCCUCAUUACUUGAUCUUGAAUCAUCCACAUCACACUCUCUCCUACAGUACAGCCAUGGUCAGAUUAGUCGACUCUCUCUUCACCAGAACAGUAGUUGCUUUAUGCUCAAUCGUAACACCUGCCUCGAUUUUAUAUUCUCUUUCAUACACCCCACCACCAUCUUAAUCCGGCCCGAUCUUUUGGAGUCCUCUUUGGCGCUGUCGCAUAGCCAGAUACCAACGAACGAUUCACUCAAUCAAUCAAUCAACCAGCUGCACACCAAAUAACUACGGGACAUCGCAUAUUCGACUUGAUUGUUGUCUAGUCUCAGUCUUAGCCUCAGCCGACUCUCAUCCCGUGUUUUCUCUCGUGUUUGAUCGAUUCAACCUGUCACCACAGACGAAAUGAGUGAGACCCCAUCUCAGCCUACAACCACUCCCGCCCGCCGUCGUAACGGUCGCGGCAAUGGCCGUCCUGCUGCUCAGAAGGCUUAUGCCUCCGAGAAUGACGUCGCCUCAAUUGAUCCCGCACGUUACGAUCGCGCUCCACGAACUCCUCAGAAGGGAGCUGGUACCGAUUCUCCUCAUGCGCAACUGAGCCAUACCAAUUCGAAACAGCGACCUAGGAAUGCAAACAAUAAUAACAAUAACAACAACAAACAUCGUGGGAAGAAUGGCCCUCACUCACCCGAGUCUGCUCGACCUGGUCGUCACACUCCACCGCAUCAAUCUUCAUCCAUGAAGUCGGUUUCUGCAUUCGCUGGAGCCACUUUCCAUGCAUCUCCUGCGCCAUCUGCCUUGCCUCUUCCCAGUUUUGUCUCUCGUUCGGUAACCGAGUCGCCUAGCGUCAGCAAGACAUCUCGAGACAUCCUACAGGAACCCUCGCCACCUACCGAUACCGAAGCGCCAACUCCUUUGCGCCAGAGUGCAUCGGGUGUCCAGGAAUCUCCGCUCGAUUUCAUGUUUCGCGCCCACCGUCAAGAGAAGGAACGUCAACGCAGCGAAAGCACUAGCAGCUUCCGCCCUUCAGGCCUCGUCACUGAAUCACCCUCUGCCCAGUCUCCCUUUGGGCCUGGUAGUAUCCCAAAGCCAGCAACUCUCCCUCAGACAGCCCGCACCCAAACACGCUUCCAGUCUGGUGGCAUCGACAGUGUUGAGCUGGACGGAACUCCAGGCCGUCCCAUGGGGCCGGCGUUUUCGACACCUUAUCAAGAGCGCAUUAAGGCUGCUCGCUCUAACCCUGCUCGAUCUCCUGCUGAUCUAUCCGCCACCCAGCCGAAACCCAACGCUGUACCUGAAGAUCCUACUGAGGCCCUAAAGAAAUUCCUAUUUAUCGGAAACGGAACCAAUGCCUCUCAAUCUGCCCCUACUGGAUUUGCACCUGCACCUGCACCCGUACCCGCACCCGCACCCCCUGCUCAACACUACAACUAUGCUAGGAGUGGUCCUAGUGUCCCGGCUCCUUGCGAUGGCCGCUCAAACAACCUCCAAGCUAUGGAAAACGAUCUUCGGCGUAUUCUCAAGCUGGACUUGAGCACUGGAUCGCCAGGAGCGGACCAGCGUUUGUUCUCAUAAGAUUUGAUGUCAUGGAGUGGUUAUUCGUUCGGCGUUCUUACUGCACCUCUUCUGCAUAGCUUUUUAACUGCCAUCAAUUCCCAGACGGCAUCAACGGAACGUGAUAUUUGGCGGGACGGUUUUCAUUGUCUAGGGGUUAAGGUAUACCGGCAUUGUGUCUAAGUUUUGGCGUUAUCAGAGCGAGGAUUGAAGAUAUAUUGAACGGACGAAUGGUCUUACAACAGAUGAUGGGAUCAUAGCUUGACGUAUACAGUCGAAUCAAACAGAGGCACCUCUGAUCUAGAGACAGAUUGAUCUUGCCGUAUCUAUGGCGCCUGUAUCAAAAUGGAACAACCUCGAUCGAAUGGGGUUUGGCGAAGGAGAAGAGAGAAUUCCCUCCUGUUUCUUUGGAGCGUAAACCAUACGCGAGAUUAGACUUAAAUACAACUUUGAGCGUUGGUUCAACUUUGUUGAGAUAACGUAUCAAUUGAUUCUUGAUAUUGGAAGAGUGAA